AUGAACAUACGUUGUGCUCGACCGGAAGAUUUGAUAAACACGCAGCAUGCAAAUCUUUUAUGCCUCCCAGAAAAUUAUCAGAUGAAAUAUUAUUUCUAUCAUGCGUUGUCCUGGCCACAACUCUCGUAUGUGGCAGAGGAUCAUAAGGGCAAUGUGGUAGGAUAUGUUCUAGCGAAAAUGGAGGAAGAUCCCGAUGAGGAGCCACAUGGGCACAUCACUUCGCUCGCUGUUAAACGAUCAUAUAGAAGACUUGGUGUGCAUUUCACCAUGGCUGCAGGUUCCAUGCCUCCGUACGAAUCAUUCGAAAACCCUAUCCCACUGGAGAAUGAUCUUCGCAAACGCAGUCUGGUAUUUAUUCAAUCCUGCCUCAUUGCUCCUGAUGCCAGGAGCCGCGCAUCGAGGGAAAUCGCGCCGUGGAGUCUAGUUAUUUAUUUGCCUGCUUCUCAGGUUGUCUUUCCUUUUUCCAUUGCUGGUGUUGGAAUGGUGUUUGCGGGAGUUGUUCUCGAUUUGGUGCAACACUGGCGGCUCUUCAAAGAAGUUCCCGAAAUUUUCAUACUAGUUCCCGCUCUUUUAGGUCUGAAAGGAAAUCUGGAAAUGACUUUAGCAAGCCGGCUGUCAACGCUGGCCAACCUUGGGCACUUGGAUUCGCCAUCGCAACGGAGAGAAGUGGUAACUGCAAACUUAGCUUUGAUACAAGUUCAGGCUACUGCUAUUGCAUUUCUAGCAUCAGCGUUUGCCAUGGCUCUUGCGUGGAUCCCUCGUGGACAGCUUGACUGGUCUCACGCAGCGCUACUCUGCGCCUCAUCGCUAGCCACAGCGUGUGUCGCUUCGCUUAUUCUGAGUAUUGUUAUGGCUUUGGUCGUCGUAUUUUCCAGAAAAUACAAUAUUAAUCCAGACAACGUUGCCACACCCAUUGCUGCUUCCCUUGGUGAUCUGACGACCUUGGCUGUUUUAUCAAUGUUUGGAAGCGUAUUUCUUGAGGCUCAUCUAACGGAGUCAUGGCUCAACCUAACUAUUAUUAUAGCGAUUUUAUUAAUAGCUCCUAUUUGGAUUCGACUCGCACUUCGUGAUGAAGGGGCAAAAGAGGUGUUAUUCAAUGGGUGGUCUCCGAUUAUUUUCUCUAUGCUAAUGAGCAGUGGUGGCGGUUUCAUUUUAGAGAAUGCUGUGCGCCAAUAUCCUAAUGUUGCUAUAUUCCAACCAGUGAUCAACGGCGUAGGCGGCAACUUAGCUGCUGUUCAAGCGAGCCGACUUUCGACAUUUUUCCAUCAAACAGGAUCUCUUGGCCAGCUUCCCUUUGAGUGGACUAUUCAACGUUUCUACAGUGCCAAGCGUGCCUUUUUCAGUAAAGAUUCGGAUUCACGAUCUGCUCGUGUUCUUCUUUUCCUUGUUGUGCCUGGACAUAUUGCCUUCAAUUGGCUCAUUCGCGUUUUUCACUUUGGUUCCAUUGUGCCACCACAUGGAGCUCUAUUCACAAGCCUUUACCUCAUAGCUGCUUUAACUCAGGAUUCUGAGAAACUGACUUUUGUAUACGAUUUUUGA